AUGGUUGCUGGUCUGAAGCAGACAGUCGGAGGUCUGGAGCAGACAACGGUGGAAACUACAAGCAGAGCCAAUGGGUAUGGUCGUGAGAGCCUGACUGCAGAAGGAUCCAUACAUAUGGUCGAAGAACCAGACGUAGUUUCCGGUACUGAACAGAUGUCAGUGGUUGCAGUACGGACUCAGACGUGGUCGCGCUCAACACGGCCACCGAGUGUUGACAGCCCUCCAGCAAUUCCACCAAAGAAAUUCCAGACAACUGACAGCAACGGGACGUUGGGUGCAAGUAGCAGACCCAGUUCCCAGGCCAGCUUCCAGUCUAAUAGUAGACCAAACAGUCAGCAAGAUCUACCGACAACACUCAGUAGUAGGUCUCAGAGUCGUCAUGGUAGUUCUACCAACUAUGCAUCCAGUAGUAAGAGUAGUAGCAGCGGUCCACCAACCCCACCCCCAAGGGUUCCAAAGAGGAGACCAAAGAGAGUGCGGGCGGUGUAUGAUUGUCAAGCCGAUUAUCCAGAUGAACUCACGUUUGAAGAAGGCGAGACUAUAGUAGUGACAGAGGAGGCUGAUGCAGAGUGGUGGAUUGGAGAGAUAGAAGGCACACCAUCACGGAGAGGGAUGUUCCCUGUGUGCUUUGUUCAUGUUCUAAAAUGA